AGGUGCUGCUGAGGCACGCCGGCUUCCCGCCCUCCCGCCCUCGCCGCCUCCGAAGGCCGGGGCCUGCCCGCGGCCCGCUGCGGGGUCCUGGGCGCUGCCGGCCGCCCCGUGUGAGGGGGCGUGGGGCUGCCGGGCUCCCCCGGCGGGCGGGAGGCGAGGAACGGCGCAGAGCGGGCCCUCGGCCCAGCCUAACGCGCCCUCCCGCGGCUCCGGUGAGGCGGCCCGGCGGCCGGCCGCGCGGUUCAGCCUUCGCUUGCUCCUCAUCGGUUUCUUUGUUUCUCUUACCCGUCUCUUUUGGGUUUUUGAAAGAGCGAUGGAGUUUUAAGCACAACAGAUCCCUGUCACUGUGCUGCCCGUGGGGUAGAUAACCCUGUUUUUCAUACUUCGUGGCGGUUUUAUAACUGAAGCUUUCAGAAGUAGCCAUCUCCUUUCACGUCAGAGACAGCAAUGGCUUCAGGAACAGCACUGAUUUACGAUGAGGAGAUGACCACUCAUAAACUACUUUGGAGUGAUCCUGUUUGUGAUAUCGAAGUGCCAGAAAGACUGUCAUCCUCCUAUGAGCAGCUUAAAUGUUACCAUCUUGUGGAAAGGUGUGUCCAUGUGCCUGCCAGAGAAGGCAGCGAGGAGGAGAUCCUGUUGGUUCACAGUUUGGAACACUUGGAAGUGGCGAAAAGCACGCAGACAAUGAAUGAUGAGGAACUGAAAAGAGUCUCUGGAAAUUAUGAUGCUUUUUUCUUUCAUCCGAACACUUACCGCUGUGCCAGACUUGCAGUAGGAGCAACUCUGCAGCUGGUGGACGCUGUGAUGUCAGGAAAAGUGUGCAAUGGAAUGGCAUUAGUAAGACCUCCAGGUCACCACAGCCAGAGAAAUGCAGCUAAUGGGUUCUGUUUGUUCAACAAUGUUGCUAUUGCAGCAGAAUAUGCAAAACUGAAAUAUGGUCUACAGAGAAUCCUAAUUGUUGACUGGGAUGUGCAUCAUGGGCAAGGAAUUCAAUAUAUAUUUGAGGAGGAUCCAAGUGUUUUGUAUUUUUCCUGGCAUCGCUAUGAACAUCAGGAAUUCUGGCCAUCACUCAAAGAAUCCAAUUAUGAUGCUGUGGGUCUGGGAAAGGGAGAAGGUUUUAACAUAAAUUUGCCUUGGAAUAAGGUUGGGAUGGGAAAUUCAGAUUAUCUUGCUGCAUUUUUCCAUGUGUUGCUUCCAAUGGCUUUUGAGUUUGAUCCUGAACUGAUUCUUGUCUCCUCUGGAUAUGAUUCUGGAAUUGGAGACCCUGAAGGUCAGAUGAAUGCCACUCCUGAGGUUUUUGCCCACCUUACCCAUUUCCUGAUGCAGUUAGCUAAUGGAAAGCUGUGUGUCAUCCUAGAGGGUGGAUACCACUUAAAGUCAUUGUCUGAAUCAGUCUGCAUGACUGUAAAAACUUUGCUUGGAGAUCCUGUACCUCAAAUAACUGGAGAAAUGGCACCUUGCCUAAGUGCAAUUGAAUCUAUUCAGAAUGUGAGAGCGGCACAUAAACCCUACUGGAAAUGGUUGAUGUAUGAAGACACAUCAUUUUUACAAAAUCUGAGCACCAGUUCGCACCUACUAAAGAAGACUAAUACAAAUCCCUCCACAGAACAUGAAUCUAAGAUGCCUAGCAAUGAUGAAACUGUCAAAGUAGAAAGGUUUUUGGAACUGCAUAUGAAAAAUAUUCUAUUUCCUGUGCCUCCCAUCAAAACAGCAACAACUGAUGCUAAAGUUUCAGCACAUUUACUCCCUGUACCCGUUCAUUUGGUGAAGGAAAUGGACAAAACUGAAAUAAAAGCUCUUGUUAGUGGCAGUUAUGCAGACCUUGUGAAAGAGGACAAAACUUUGCACUCUCUUGGCAGUAUAUUGGCCAUCCUAGAUAAAAUAAUGAAAAAGGAGGUAUGCAAUGGAAUUGUAGAAUCACCCGCAUCUUCUGUUGCUGUUGCACUAAGACAUUCUGUUCGUUUGGGAUUCCAAAGAGUGCUUUGUAUAUUUGUUGGAGACAUGCAAAUCAUACCAAACACAGAAGAUGGAAAAAUACUCAUGAUACAUAUUUGUGAGAAAGAACAGUCUGGAAAGAGCAGCUCCAAACACUAUAUUUCUCUAAACUGGAAAGAGGAUGCUGAAGGAAACGACUUCUUUUCUGCUGUACUUGGAUUCAUCCUUCCUGUAGCAUAUAGUUAUCAACCUAACUUGACAGUAAUAGCUGUUGGACCAAACAGGAGCCUUGGAAUAAGUGAGAUUUCUCUGCUUUUUGCUUUACUACAAGGAUUAGCCGAGUCUCGAAUUUUGGCAAUGAUCGAGGACACAGAGAGAAAUUUAAUGCAAAGUCUAGCCAAAGCAUUAGUGGGUGCAUCUGCACCUCACUUUGGAGUUUAUGUACCUCCUACCCAAGAAAAAGUGAAUAAAAUAAAAAUAUUAAGAGACCAAUUUCAGCAGGAAUGGAAAAUGCUUCAGUGUUCAGGUAAGUUGUCUGUUUUUAUCUUUAGUUCUUAGGAAUACAUGCAAGUUUCUGAAAAUAUUAUAAAAUACAGCUGGAUCUUGUAAGUCAAUGGGAUAUUAAAGUCAGUGGGAGCUCAUUGAUCUAAUGUGAAAAGGAUGAAACUCCAAAUGCUUUUAAUUUUGCUACUUGAGCCAGAAAGCACUGAAUUUCGUAGCGUAGUAACUGUACCCUCGGGAACUUUGAAUACUGUUAUUCCAAAAUUUUGAAAUGAAACUACUAAAGUACUAUGUGCUUAAAGAAUGGUUAAUAAGAUGUGCACUGGCUCUGAUUGCUAAUGUAUUUUCUGAAUAUAGUGCAGAAUCAGGUUACAUUUUUAUUUAAUUUAACUUGUCCACAAAUCAUUCAAUAGUGAUGAGUCAUGCUUGAAGUACAUUCACAAAUAGCUGCAUUUGUAUAGGAAUCAGAUUGGGCAGGUAUGUAUGUUUUCAAGCAUACUUGUCCAGAAACCGUUCUCUACUCAAUAACUUUUGGUUUUCAACAGGAAAAAAAAAAACAAAACACUGGUAAAGGUGGGCAUCUGUGUCUGAAAGAAAAUGCCCUGCUUUCUUUCAGAAGAAAUGGCCAACAGCAGUGGUCUGGUUCCACUAAAAAUGUUCUUGUGGGGUUGGGAAUUGUGGUAUGAGCUUGAUUAAUAACUCUUUUUCUUAUUGCUGUUCUUUUCAGUGAAGGAUGGGAUUUCGAGAAAUUGACUUCACUUCAGAAUCAUUCUAUACAGCAGAAGAAAAUGUGUUGCUGUUCAUGUUGCCUUUUAAAUCAUCAGGAAAAGAGGUGGUCAAUCUCUAAACAGAAAAAAAGCCAGUUGCAAUUGUCUCCUGUUUUUAAAAUACAUAAAAUCCAUAUUCUUAGCUAGAGAAUUGUGCUUGCAAAUUCUAUAUUGGCACUAAUUAUUCAAGACUGACAUUUUUGAAGACAACUCCUGUACUUCAUUACUGCAAAUUGGGGCCCAUGUCACUUGUGAUAUUCUAAAGUCAGGUUUGCAUAUGCAGUAGCUCGAGUGCAUGAAUGUUAAAGAAUUCCAGAAGACAGGAAUCUGAAAUGAGCAAUCGUAAUAGCCAAAACAUUUUAAUAUUAUUCAAUACAAUACCAAAGUGCUUGCAGUGCUGCGAUUGCCACCAUUUCAUUGGGAGUUUAAACUUAACAACAGGUCCUUCUGAUUAAUGAAAUUUCAUUUCAUAAUCUGAUUUAAAGGAUUCACCUAACACAGUCUAUUCUUUUAAUUUUUCUAAUGAGUAAUUGCCAAUUGCAAAGAGUUAAGAAAGAAAAGCAGCUGAGCAGCUAUAGUGUAUGCAUUUGCUAUAUCACACCUGCAUGGUUGAGAUUAAUUUCCUGAACUGCACCAGCCAUAAGAGAAAAAAGGAAAAUAUUUUGCAUAUAUAAAAUUACAAAUACAUAAUUGAAUAAAGCAGCGUAAAGAGGACUUCACUCUGCCCUCUUUUCAAAUGUAAAUUGUCUAUAUAACAAAUAAAACCCUAAACCUCCCAGAGAUUUGGUUGCGGCCUAAGGCUGGCAUCAUGUGAAUUCUCAAAAUUAAAUAACCAUCCCGAGGCAAUAGCCAUAGUGUGCCUUGUUUUGCAGCAUUCCAGAUAUGAUUUAGGGCUCCUUUUCAAGAGGACUUUUCUGUGACUGUGAUUUCAAUAACAUGACCUUCUGAUUUCAAACACUUCAAAUUAUGUUUAUACAGGUGUUGCUACUGAGAUCAACUUUACGUAAUUUGAAUAACUAAAUCUGCAUUCACAGUUGUCUUUUUUUAAACUGUUUGCAGUGAUUCCCUCGUUCAUACUGGUUUUCAGUUAUUGCUGGAUGGGAAAUGAUACCCAAUCUUUGAACAUUUUGAAACGAAAGUCUGUUUCAAACGAAACUAAAAGCCGUGUCAAACAUGUCACAAACAAAAGUUCGUAACAGAUUUGUUGGUUUGUUCUUCUCACUCCCUGAAAAAAAAAUACAUUUUUUUGACAAUAAAUCACUUUGAAGGAAAAAGCAUUUUCUCAGAAAUCUCUCAUUCCCUUUUACCUGCCUUUGUUCAACUGGAUUUCUACAGCCAGUGUUUGAAUUUUAUCAGUGUUGUAUUCUGAUGUGUAUUUUUCUAAGUUUUUGAUCAAAUUUAUUAAAACGUGAAUUAAGAUUUUAAAAAAGUA